UCCACCCAGGUGAAUUCCUCAUCCCUCAACUCUCCAACGGGGCGUGGGCCCAUGGCUGCAUCCUCACUGCACCCACCCCUGGGGCCCACCAUCGGCUCCUCGCUUGGCUCUCCGAGCCAGUUGCACUCGCCCAUCAGUACCCUGAGUUCCCCCAUCAACGGCAUGGGCCCACCCUUCUCAGUCAUCAGUUCACCUAUGGGCCCACACUCAAUGUCGGUGCCUACUGCGCCCACCUUGGGCUUCAGCACAGGCAGCCCCCAGCUGAACUCGCCCAUGAGCCUUGUCAGCAGCACUGAGGACAUCAAGCCCCCGCUGGGUCUCAAUGGCGUCCUCAAGGUCCCUGCUCACCCUUCAGGAAACAUGGCAUCCUUUACUAAGCACAUCUGCGCCAUCUGUGGGGACCGCUCUUCAGGCAAGCACUACGGAGUGUACAGCUGCGAGGGCUGCAAGGGCUUCUUCAAGCGGACAGUGCGCAAGGACCUCACCUACACCUGCCGCGACAACAAGGACUGCUUGAUUGACAAGCGGCAGCGCAACCGCUGCCAGUACUGCCGCUACCAGAAGUGCCUGGCCAUGGGCAUGAAGCGUGAAGCUGUGCAGGAGGAACGGCAGCGGGGCAAGGACCGAAAUGAGAACGAGGUAGAGUCUACCAGCAGUGCCAACGAGGACAUGCCUGUGGAGAAGAUCCUAGAGGCCGAGGUGGCCGUGGAGCCCAAGACAGAGACAUAUGUGGAGGCGAAUAUGGGGCUGAACCCUAGCUCGCCCAAUGACCCCGUCACCAACAUUUGCCAGGCAGCAGACAAGCAGCUCUUCACCCUGGUGGAGUGGGCCAAGCGGGUCCCACAUUUCUCAGAGCUGCCCUUGGACGACCAGGUCAUCCUACUGCGGGCUGGCUGGAACGAGCUGCUCAUCGCUUCCUUCUCCCACCGCUCCAUCGCCGUGAAGGAUGGCAUUCUACUUGCCACUGGCCUGCACGUCCAUCGCAACAGCGCCCACAGUGCAGGCGUGGGUGCCAUCUUCGACAGGGUGCUGACUGAGCUCGUGUCCAAGAUGAGGGACAUGCAGAUGGACAAGACAGAGCUGGGCUGCCUGCGCGCCAUUGUCCUUUUCAACCCAGACUCCAAGGGGCUCUCAAACCCAGCCGAAGUGGAGGCGCUGAGGGAGAAGGUCUAUGCAUCCCUGGAGGCCUACUGUAAACAUAAAUACCCUGAGCAGCCGGGCAGGUUUGCCAAGCUCCUGCUCCGCCUACCCGCCCUGCGCUCCAUCGGCCUCAAGUGCCUGGAACAUCUCUUCUUCUUCAAGCUCAUCGGGGACACACCCAUUGACACCUUCCUUAUGGAGAUGCUGGAGGCCCCGCACCAAAUGACUUAG